AUGUCCCAGCCCCAGUCCCGCUACACCCAACAAAACCCCAACCCUCUAGUGGACAGGAGCGUCAAGGUUCCCGAGGUCAUCCAGUACAUCUGUGGUGACUGUGGUGCCCAGACAGCUAUGCAGCCGUCAGAGUUUAUCAGAUGUAAGGAGUGUGGACACCGAGUCAUGUACAAGCCCCGGACGACAAGAAGUCCAAUUCGAGGCUCGUUAGUCAUUGGUCCAGGUUGCUUGUAA